CUACCUCCCCACCCACCCAAAAAACAAACAUGCCAAAGUCCAUCACCCUCCCCCUCCUCCUCAUCCUCCUCCUCUUACCUAUCAUUACUGCCCUCUCCCCAAACCACCUCCGCCGACGCAAACUUGUCCACCGCCACCUCCGAUCACUCUCUUCUCCCUCUUCCUCUCCCUCUCCCCUCUACAUAUCCGCCGCGUCCACCUCCCCCCACUCCCACGUCUUCCACGCCACCGACUUCGGCGCCGACCCGACCGGCUCCACCGACUCCUCCUCCGCCCUCUCUUCCGCCAUCUCCGCCGCCCUCUCCUUCUCCCACCUCUCCCUAACCCCCUCCAUCCCAAACCUCGGCGGCGCCGAACUCCAUCUCGAUGGCGGUCUUUACCUCCUCUCCUCCCCUCUCUCCCUCCCCUCCUCCGGCAACCUCAAAAUCCACUCCGGCACCCUGCUUGCUUCCAACACCUUCCCUUCCGAUCGCCACCUCAUCGAACUCAACCGAACCACCUCCUCCUAUGCCUUUGAAUACAUAACCCUCGCCGGCCUCAUGCUCGACUCCAACUUCCGCGGCGGCGGCAUCGCAGUCAUCGACUCCCUCCGCGUCAUCAUCGACGGCUGUUACAUCGUCCACUUCACCUCCGUCGGCGUUCUAAUUCGCAACGGGCAUGACAAUGCUAUCCGAAACUGUUACAUUGGUCAGCAUAUCACGGCCGGUUCGGACCCAGCUGAACGGAGCUUCACCGGCACGGGGAUACAGCUAAACGGAAAUGAUAACGCCGUUACCGACGUCAUUAUCUUCUCCGCCGCCGUCGGAAUUCUCGUCGCCGGAGAAGCUAAUGUCCUCACCGGUGUUCACUGUUACAACAAGGCGGCGGCUUUCGGCGGAACCGGGAUCUACGUGAAGUUACCCGGUCUGACCCAGACCCGGAUCGUUAACUGCUAUUUGGAUUUCACGGGGAUCGUAGCGGAAGACCCGGUUCAGCUUCUGAUAUCCGGUUCGUUUUUUCUGGGGGAUGCCAACGUGGCGUUCAAGUCGGUCAACGGGGUGAUAAAUGGGGUGAGUGUGGUUGACAACAUGUUUACGGGGAGGGAUAGCGGGGCCCACAACGUGUGGCUGGAUGAGACCGCCGGUGGGUUUAAGGCGGUGGAUGGGGUGGUGGUGGAUCGGAACAGUGUGAGGAGGAUGGUGGGAAGAUCGACGGUGGCGAGAGGGACGGCGGAGGGGAAUGGGACGAUGUGGACCGUUGAUUUCUCGAGGGUAUUGUUGUUUCCGAACAGGAUAGAUAAGGUGGAGUAUUCGGUGGUGACGCCGUCUGGGUUUCCGGGUCAUGCGGUGAGGAGUGUGGAGAGUAAUCGGGUCGUUAUCGUGUCAGAUGCUGCGGUGGCGGCGACCGUACACGUGGAGGUGAGUCAGGCGGCGGGGACAUGAGUUGGGAAAGUGGGUUUUUAUGGUUCGUUUGUUUGUUGAAUUGUAUCGAAUAAAGGAAAAAGUGAGAGGUAGAAUGAAGCUGC